AUGGUUUCUCUUCUCCCACUGGAAAUGGCUGGAUGCCAGGAGAGCCAGGUCAUUUCACUUGCACAGACAUUAAUGAAUGCCUCCACAGUGGGGUCUGCCCAGAGGAUUCUGAGUGUACCAAUUCUUUGGGAAGCUACAGUUGCAGGUGCCCAGUUGGAUUCACCUUUCAAAACGCCAUCUGUGAAGAUAUAGAUGAAUGUUUUCAAAGACCCUCACCCUGUGGUCCGAACUCAAUCUGCAUAAACAUGAUGGGAAAGUAUAAUUGCGGCUGUUUGAAUGGUUUCUCUUCUCCCACUGGAAAUGGCUGGAUGCCAGGAGAGCCAGGUUAUUUCAACUGUACAGACAUUAAUGAAUGCCUCCACAGUGGGGUCUGCCCAGAGGAUUCUGAGUGUACCAAUUCUUUGGGAAGCUACAGUUGCAGGUGCCCAGUUGGAUUCACCUUUAAAAACUCCAUAUGUGAAGAUAUAGAUGAAUGUUUUCAAAGACCCUCACCCUGUGGUCCGAACUCAAUCUGCAUGAACAUGAUGGGAAAAUAUAAUUGUGGCUGUUUGAAUGGUUUCUCUUCUCCUACUGGAAAUGGCUGGAUACCAGGAGAGCCAGGUCAUUUCACCUGCACAGACAUUAACGAAUGCCUCCACAGUGGGGUCUGCCCAGAGGAUUCUGAGUGUACCAAUUCUUUGGGAAGCUACAGUUGCAGGUGCCCAGUUGGAUUCACCUUUCAAAACGCCAUCUGUGAAGAUGUGGACGAAUGUUCCAAUUCCAGCACUUGCCCCGAGCAUUCGAGUUGCCACAACAGUCUUGGAAGCUACUCUUGUGUCUGCAACCCAGGGUUUGAAUCCACCAGUGGAAAGAUGAGUUUCCAGGGUCCGGGAGAGACGUGUGAAGAUAUAGAUGAAUGUUUUCAAAGACACUCAGCCUGUGGUCCGAACUCAAUCUGCAUAAACAUGAUGGGAAAGUAUAGUUGUGGCUGUUUGCAUGGUUUCUCUUCUCCCACUGGAAAUGGCUGGAUGCCAGGAGAGCCAGGUCAUUUCACCUGCACAGACAUUAAUGAAUGCCUCCACAGUGGGGUCUGCCCAGAGGAUUCUGAGUGUACCAAUUCUUUGGGAAGCUACAGUUGCAGGUGCCCAGUUGGAUUCACCUUUCAAAACGCCAUCUGUGAAGAUGUGGACGAAUGUUCCAAUUCCAGCACUUGCCCCGAGCAUUCGAGUUGCCACAACAGUCUUGGAAGCUACUCUUGUGUCUGCAACCCAGGGUUUGAAUCCACCAGUGGAAAGAUGAGUUUCCAGGGUCCGGGAGAGACGUGUGAAGAUAUUGAUGAGUGCCUUGGUAGGUGCCUUUUCAAUGCGACCUGCACCAACACCCCUGGGAGCUACAAUUGUACCUGCCACCCUGGUUUUGCACCAAGCAGUGGACAACUCAGCCCUAUAGACCAAAAAUCAGACUGCAUAGAUGUUGAUGAGUGCUUCCAGGAUCCAUCACCAUGUGGCCCAAAAUCUGUCUGCACCAAUAUCCUGGGCUCCUAUAUCUGUGGCUGCAUUGUGGGUUUCCAUCCCAAUCCAGAAGGCUCCUGGAGAUUUGGCAACUUUAGCUGCAAAAGGGAUCCCUUUAAGUGUAAAGAAGAAGUGACAGCCAACAAUAAGUGGGCCCAGCAGUGCCAAGUGGGGGCAGCAGUAGAGCCUGAAUAUGUUUCCUUUUGCACACUGAUGAAUGCCACCCUUGGCAUUCUGGACAAUGUCUGUAAAAACAAAACCACCAUCGUCUCUCUGCAGAGUAUGGCUGAGAGCUUUGCCUCUGUGAUUGAACAAACAUCCAUGUGGUCCAACUUCACCAAAGAGAAGACAUCCACCCUGGCCACAGUCUUACUGGAGAGCGUUGAAAGCACCACAUUGGCAGCUUUUCUGAAACCCUCAGUGAAUGUCAGUCAGACUAUUCAGAGGAAAUACUUAGACAUUGAGAGCAAAAUUAUCCACAAUGAAUGCACUGAAGAGAAUGAGGCCUUUAAUUUGAAAGCAAAAGGGGAUGUGAUGAAGAUUUCGUGCUCCACAAUCAAAGAAUCUGAAUCUACAGGUGUCAACAGGGUGGCUUUUGUCUCCUUUCUGCAUAUGGAGUCUGUUUUGGAUGAGCGCUUCUUCCAAGACCCUCAGGACCCCUUGGCCACCCCCAAGAGGAAGCUGAAGAUGAAUUCUCGCAUUGUCGGGGGCAUCAUGACAGGAGAGAAGAAAGAUGGGUUCUCUGAAGCAGUCAUCUACACACUGGAGAACACUGAGCCAAAGCAGGAUUUUGAGAGUCCCAUCUGCGUUUCCUGGAGCACAGGUGUGGAGGGAGGUAGAUGGACACCGUCUGACUGUGAGAUCCUUGAAGUUAAUAAGACACAUACGAUGUGCAGCUGUAAUCGGAUGGUGAACCUGGCCAUCAUCAUGGCUUCUAGGGAGGUCACGAUGGAGUUUGCCUUGGACAUCAUUAGCCACGUGGGCAUGAUCAUCUCCUUGAUAUGUCUCUUUGUGGCCAUCAUUACCUUCCUGCUGUGUCGCACCAUCCGAAACCACAACACCUACAUUCACCUGCACCUCUGCGUGUGCCUCUUCUUGGCCAAGAUGCUCUUCCUCACCGGUGCCGACAAGACUGACAAUCAGAUGGGCUGUGCUAUCAUCACCGGCUUUCUGCACUACCUUUACCUCGCUUGCUUCUUCUGGAUGCUGGUGGAGGCUGUGAUGCUCUUCCUUACAGCUAGAGACUGGAAUGUGGUGAAUUACUUCAGCUCUCGAAACAUCAAGAUGAAGUAUCUCUGUGCCUUUGGCUAUGGGCUCCCGGUGCUGGUGGUGGCUGUCUCCACUGGCGUACAACCACAGGGCUAUGGAAUGUAUAAUCGAUGCUGGCUGAAUAUAGAGACAGGGCUCAUCUGGAGUUUCCUGGGGCCAGUGUGCACAAUUAUAUUGAUCAAUUCUAUCCUCCUGACUGUGACAUUGUGGAUCCUGAGGCAGAAGCUUUCUGGUGUCAAUGCUGAAGUGUCCAUACUCAAAAACACCAGGUUACUGACGUUGAAAGCCUUUGCCCAGAUCUUCAUCUUGGGGUGCUCCUGGGUGCUCGGCAUUUUCCAGGUUGGACCCAUGGCCAGUGUCAUGGCUUACCUGUUUACCAUCAUCAACAGCCUGCAAGGGGCCUUCAUCUUCCUCAUUCAUUGUCUGCUUAACCGCCAGGUACUGGAAGAAUACAAGAGAUGCAUGACCGGGAAGACUAAACCCAGCUCCCAGUCUCAGACCUCAGGGAUUGUACUGUCAUCCGUUUCCUUCACUUCCAAAAUGCUAACCUAACGGUUCCUUCUGUGAUUUAGUUUCUGUAUGCCUAUGACCCAGCAAACGAUUAGGUUCACUGAGUAAGUCAAUGAAUGCAUCAAGGAAAAAAAGUGUAUCAAUCUGCACAGUAACAGGACACUUUUCAGAUAUCCCACCCCUUGAAAGACUCCUCUUGGCUUUACAAAUAAAAUUGUGCUCUUACAGAGUCACUUGAGUACCCUUUUGUUUACGAUUCCAAUAACAAUUACUCUAUGCUAAUUCAUUACAUUUUGAACACUACUAUUUCUUUCUUUUUUAUUGAAGUCUUGUAGA